AUGCUACGUCUAGCCUUCAAGCAAUUAUCACGUCAAUCUCUCUUAUAGAAAAAGAAAAUCUAUGAACUAUUUUUUGAAAGGGGAUUGAAAUUCUUUUAUCAAAGUAUCAAACAAAACUAUUAUACCCUAGAUCAACAUCGACAUGCAAUAGAUUAAUUUGAGAUUUGCAUGUCAGUCUUUGCUGAAGCCAAACAACCCCAAACGAUGGCAGGACACUAAAUUUGA